AUGGUCGAUAUAACAUCACCGCCAUUCUUAGAAUUACUUCACAUUAUAAGUGGAAUGGAGCGAUUCACGUACUACACUGAAAUGGUUCACAGCAACGCCAUUUUAAAGCAUGAGCCACAUCUCGAACGCUUCAUUGGGAAGCCUAGAGGUAAUGUCGUAGUUCAGCUGGGUGGCAGUGAUCCAAAAAACAUGGCCCUGGCCACCAAGAUCUUACAGGAUCAAGGUUAUGCUGAAGUGAAUAUCAACAAUGGAUGCCCUAGCCCGAACGUACAACAUGGUUCAUUUGGAGCUGUUCUUAUGAAGACACCUACGAUAAUGAAUGAUAUGUUUAAUGAAAUGCACAAGGCGAACGUCACUAUUCCCGUCACUGUAAAGUGUAGAAUCGGUGUUGACGACCAGGAGGACUUGGCUUUCCUUGUGGAUUAUGUCAAGACUUUGAUUUCAAACAACAAAAAACCGCCUAUUCACUUUAUUGUACACGCAAGAAAAUGUAUUCUGAAAGGACUAACACCAAAGCAAAACCGAAGUAUUCCACCUCUCAACUAUGAACGUGUCUAUGAAUUAGCAAAAAUUUUCCCGGAUUUGAUAAUCACAAUUAAUGGAGGCUUUACGACGACUCAUGACAUACAAAACGCCCUUCAACUUGUCGAUGGUUGUAUGAUAGGCCGAAAAGUAAUGAAUGAUCCUCUGUUUUUACAAGAAAUUGAACAAUCGAUAUACAGAAAACACAAGAUCAAACCAACUGAAGAGAUUAUCAAUGAAUACCUCAACUAUGCUGAAAAUCUCUACUUUUUGUCUGAACAGCAAACUACUGAAUAUGGACUGCCGCCCUUAUCACUAUUGCUGAAACCACUCAUGUCUAUUUACAAAGGCAAAAAAGGCCGAAUAUUUCGUCAACAUUUGCAACAACUAUUAUCCGCUACCACAAAAGCUUCUAUAGGUGAUUUAAGUUCUAUUGUUUUACAAUCCAUAAGUCAUACAAAUACGGUCAUGAAUAUGCAGCAGUCAUUAUCACGGCCGUCAAGUGUCCAAAGUACGUCAAUAAAGCUGGAAAGAGGUGUAACAAUUUAA